AAGCACGCCUCCCUUAUCACAAUCCUCACCCCCAAUAACUUUUUUUCUUCUGCUUUAUAAUGUUUUAAGGUAAGAAUACAUUAAGAAAUUCAUUUCUGCCAAGGUAAGAUCGCCAAGUCAUUAUUCUCCUCUCCGCUCUCAUCCUACCCAUCUCUCUCUCUCGCACACGAAAUCUCUCCUCUCUCCCUUGAUUUGUUUACUUUCUAUGUCUAGGCAUAUAAAUUGGGUCUGAAUUUAAUCUAAUCUACUCUUCAAACACACACCAGUUCCGCCCCCUUUUCCAGAAUCUGAUUACCCCCUCUCGGUAGUAAUUUAUUGCCUCUAAAUUGGUCCAUCUCUGUCCUUUAUUUUCCAUCUCUUGGCAUUAUAUAUCACUACAUCUUUAAUUCGGGCGAAGAUCGCUGCUGCUGCUCAUAAUAAUAAAAAUAAAUAAUAAUAAUUAAUGUCUUUGUCUGAAUCUUCGUCGCCGGUGGCGUCGGAGAUACAAGUACGACGUCGUUUUAGGGAUCUGAGGGGAGUUCAGUGGCGCAUCGAUUUGGGAAUUUUGCCCGCUUCUUUCAGUUCCCUCGAUCAUCUUCGUCAGGUCACCGCCAAUUCUCGCAGAUGGUAUGCUGCUUUACGGAGGUGCCUCUUGAUUGAUCCUCUCAUUCCCAAGGAUGGAAGUAAUUCUCCUAAUCUUGUUAUAGACAAUCCACUGUCACAAAAUCCAGAUAGUACGUGGGGUCGCUUCUUUAGAAAUGCUGAGCUGGAAAGAAUGCUUGACCAGGACCUAUCACGUCUGUAUCCAGAGCAUGGAAGUUACUUUCAGACCCCCGGAUGUCAGGGCAUGUUAAGAAGAAUCUUGUUGCUCUGGUGCCUUAGGCAUCCAGAAUAUGGUUACAGGCAAGGAAUGCACGAACUCCUGGCUCCUUUCUUGUACGUGCUACACAUUGAUGUAGAGCAUCUUUCUGAAGUGCGGAAGACUCAUGAAGACCAAUUUACUGACAAAUUUGAUGGCUUCUCGUUUCAUGAAAGUGAUUUGACGUAUAGAUUUGGUUUGAACUCGUUUUCUAGUUACUUGGAAGACGAAUUAGGACCUCAAAAAAGUCCGGCAAAGAUUAGUAGUCUUAGUGAACUUGAUCCAAAAAUUCAAGACAUUGUUUUACUUAGUGAUGCUUAUGGGGCAGAAGGUGAACUCGGUAUUGUUUUAUCUGAAAAAUUUAUGGAACAUGAUGCUUAUUGCAUGUUUGAUGCUUUGAUGAAUGGAAGUGGUGCAGUUACCAUGUCAGAGUUCUUUGCCCAUUCUCCUUCUGGUGUCCCACAUAAUGGGAUCCCCCCCGUGAUUGAAGCUUCUUCUGCACUGUACCAUUUACUUGCUAUUGUAGAUGCAUCUCUGCACAGUCAUCUGGUUGAGCUGGGAGUUGAACCUCAGUACUUUGCGCUUCGCUGGUUACGGGUUUUAUUCGGGCGUGAAUUUGCACUGGAAGACCUAUUGAUUAUUUGGGAUGAAAUUUUUGCAGCUGACAAUAGUAAAUUGUAUUCAUUUGCUGAAAAUGAUGUAGGAUUCGGCUCUGGCACCCUUGAUUCGUUGAGGGGAGCAUUUAUUUCAGCAUUUGCAGUGUCAAUGAUACUCCAUUUGCGAUCUUCGCUUCUUGCCACUGAAAAUGCUACUUCAUGUCUUCAGAGAUUGCUGAAUUUCCCUGAGGAUAUAAAGUUGGAAAAACUGAUAGCCAAAAGCAAGUCCUUACAGGGUCUUGCAAUAGAUGCCAACAACUCAAGCACACAACCAGCGUAUAAUGGUGGUUAUAGGCAGAAUGCAACAACAGUUGUCAGAGGUCAUAGCUUUUCAUCGGACUCUGGCUGCCCAAGAGCUGCCUUGCCUUUGGUACCUGAAAGCUACUGGGAAGAAAAGUGGAGAGUUCUACACAGGGCUGAAGAAAGCAAGGAAGGAGGUGUUGGGAAGAAAAUACCCAAUCGGAUUAAGGGUUGGUCAGAAAAAGUGAAGUUGCGUCUGUCUAGAACUGAAUCUGAUCCAUCACCAUCCAACUUUAUUGGCGGGAGGAGGGCCCCCAAGUCAGCUGUUAGGAGAGGUCUGCUGAAAGAUCUGGCCCAACAGCUUGGAUCAGAGGAAGAUGUUGAAAAAUUAGCAUCCACUGAAGAUGUAUGUCAGGAUGUCGCUGAAGAUAUUGAUAAUCUUGGUAGUGGUAAUAACCCUACCUGCAUUAGUGACGACAGAUGUAUGAAUGGCAAUGCUGGCAGUGAAGAGAACUCUUCAAUAUUUUCUGAUCCGCCGAGUCCUAUUGGUGGAACUAAUGAUCAAGGAAAUGAAUCAGAGAGUAGCGUUGCAUCAAAUUUAUCUGUUGGAAUUGAUACUGAUCAUGUAAAAGCAAAGCCCUCCAUGUCUAAUCCAGAUGAAGUUGAUAGUGAUCAUAAUAAUGCCAACUCCUCUAGGACUGAUACAGAUGAAACUGAUAGUAAUCAUAAUAAUGUGAUUUCUAGGACUAAUGAAGAACAUUUGCCUCUAUCAGUUUUAAACUCCCAAGACGAUUUGAAUGUGAUGCCUGCACAGAAAGAAGAUACUCUAGGGAAGUCCAACAUAAGCUUAAAGGAGAGAAAGCUACCAUCAGGGAAAUUUCAUUGGUUCUGGAAGUUUGGAAGGAAUAAUGUUGAUGGGAGUUCUGAAAAGAUAGGUGUGUCAGAUACCGCUACAGCUUCCGAUGCUGGAUGCCUUAAGCAAAGUGAAGUUGUUUCUUCCACAACUGAGACAGUGACUAUAAGAGGAGAUGCAGUGGACCAGAAUCUCCUGGUUACAUUCAGAAAUCUUGGACAGGCUAUGCUUGAGAACAUUCAGGUAAUUGAAUCAGCUAUUCAGAACGACAGGGGUCAAAUAGGGACCCAAGAGAAGAACCCAAAGAAUGGAUUUGUAGGCAGAGGCCAAGUUACAGCGGUGGCAGCUCUAAAAGAGCUUAGGAAAAUUAGUAACAUUUUAUCAGAGAUGUGAUGUGAAAAUUAGGAAUAUGAUAUUAAAGUGUGUAUAUACCAUUAUUUGUGACACUACAGUUUUUAAGUGCUACAAUAAAUGCGAGUGGCUUUGGCAUGCUCUUUAACAUCUAUCAACAAUCUUAAAUUUUGUAAUAUAUGAGAAACAUGUAUAUAUGAAUUAUAGGUUCUUGCA